CGGACCCACCUUUUUCCUUUAAGAUAUUUAUAUUUUGCUUUUGCGGUUAUUAGUAGAAUUAGUCCUUGUACUAUCUUGUUUCAACAAAUCAGCCCCACGAUGUUUAACUACGCACAUUAUUGUUGGAUUUAUGUGAAAAUAUGCGUCUAGAGGUCAAAAGUUUCAUCUGGUUCAACUUGGACCGACUCCAGUAUGAUUACAAGAGUCGAAAAUCAACUCAAUUUAUAUAUGGUUGAUCAGAUUCAGUCGAAAUAACGAUUAUGUAUAAUUCCUUGUAGGGUAGACCGAGCUGUUCCUCCGACCCUUUACGUGCCCCCUCUAAUGAAGACUUCAUUAGACUGCAUUACUAGUCAGGCCGAUAGAUUCAGGAAUACAACCAGUGACCGAAUUCAUCCACAUUAUGUUUCCUUUCGUUGUGGUCAUCUUAUGCCCCAAAGGACGCAUGCAUUAUAGGAAAACAAGUGGCAUAAUUAAAUGAUAUAACUGGAAUUGUCUAACAUACAUCACAUGUAUAUGUGGUUAUUAAGUAUGGAUCAACCUCAUUGCAUCUAUUUCAUAUCAAGUUUGACAAAUUAACGGUACAAAGAUAAAUGACAUGUUCCAAAUCAACAUCGAUAAGGUCAUUUGUUAAAUACCAUAUUUUUAGCUCCCGAAAAGAUUGUCGAUCUUGAUUCUUAAAUCUUAACUUCUUGUGCAUAUUCUGGAUUUUGGAUGGUUAAUUGACUAUUAAACAUAAUUUAUUAGUGGUUGAUUGAGCAUUGUUCACAAAUAAAAGACCAAAAGGAAUAAACGGAAAAGAAAAAAAAGAGAAAGCCGUGGGCUACUACCAUACGUCCAUGUCCACCAUUAGUCCAUUACCAUCGGCCCAAACAAUAUCUUUUUAAUUAAAAAAGAAGCGAUUCCUCCUAAUUCUUCUUUAAUUAUCCAGAAAAAAUAACCUUCCCCGCCAAAAAAAGAAAAAAGAAUAACAGAUGCUCGCGUGGCACGCUGUCGGCCAUCCAUUGGGCAGUAGGCGGGCGAUUGGAGCUGAGCCGAUCUCCGCCGUCGGAUUCCGCUUCAUUUCUAGAGGCCCUGGAUAUUUUUCCAGAUAUUUUUCUUCCCAACCUUUACUUUUUGGCCAAGCAGAUGAUGUUCCCCCAAACGCCAAAGCUCAAACGAACCUCCACAAAAGAAAAAAAGAGAAUUAGAAGGAAAAGAAGAAAAAAAAAACCCUCCGCCGGUUUCUGAUUUAUUUCCGGAGAAGAAGACGGCUGAAUCGGCGGCCGCGGCGGGAUGGGAGAACUGGAGACCAGUUGCAGCAUCAGCAGCAGUCGAGCUGCGGAAGAAGAGAUGGAACGAGGAAGAGGAGGAGGAUUGUUGGAGAAGCAGAGUAACAGGAGUGGUGGUAAUCAGGAGGAAGUAGGUACCGAGGAGGAGGAGGAUACUCAGAGUGAAAACCAGCAUCGGAAUCAGAUGUCGAAGAGGAGGAGGAAGAAGCAGCAGCAACAGCAGAUGAUGAAUGGCGAGAACUCGAUGAAUGAAGUUGAUGAUGGCGGCGGCGGCGGCGGCGAGUCGAGGAGUAAUAAUGGUUUGAUGGUGAGAUGGGAGAGGCUUCUGCCGAGGAUGGUGUUGAGAGUAUUGCUGGUUGAAUCUGAUGACUCUACGCGGCAGAUUAUUGCCGCCUUGCUCAGGAAAUGCAGUUACAGAGUUGCUGCGGUUUCUGAUGGAUUGAAGGCAUGGAAGUUACUAAAGGAGAGGCCCCAUAACAUAGACCUGCUUCUGACAGAAGUGGACUUGCCUUCAAUAUCAGGAUAUGCUCUCCUCACUCUAAUGACGGAGCAUGAGAUCUGCAAAAACAUUCCUGUUAUAAUGAUGUCAAAGGAGGAUUCGGUCAGCACGGUUUACAAAUGCAUGAUGAGAGGUGCAGCUGACUACCUUGUUAAACCUAUCAGGAGAAACGAACUGAGAAAUUUGUGGCAGCAUGUAUGGAGAAGACAAACUCAACUUUCAAGAGAGAAUUUGCCCCAGGAUGAAAGUGUGGGCCAAGAUAGGGCUGAGGCUACAUCUGAAAAUAAUGUUAACCAUUCAACUGGCGAUGUACCUUGUGUCCAGAAGAACAAGGAUUUCGUCGAGAAAGGGAGUGAGGCACAGAGCUCUUGUACAAAACCAGGUGCGGAAGCUGGGAGUAGUGGAAAGGUGCAGGACUUCUUACAGCCAGUUGGAGCUGAACAGGUCCUUGAUGAUACUAGCUGCCAGAGACAUGAGGCCUGCGCAGGUUCAAAUCAGAGGUUACUUGUCCAUGAGAACCAGGCCCAGGAGAGGACACGUACUGAUGCCAAUACCGAGGCCUGUGAUACUGAUGGCGCCAACUUUCAUAGAGAAGGCAUUGAUUUCAUGGGAGCAGUUACGCUUGACAAAUCCUCGCAGGAGAACAUGAGAAGCAAUUUUGAAACUUAUCCAGACUUGGAUCUCUCCUUGAAAAGUACUCAUUCUUGUGAGCUGGCACUUCAACUUUCAGAAGAAAGACACUCGCUCAGACAGUCUACUACCUCAGCCUUUACACGGUACAUCGCUAGGUCAUUGCAAACCCAACAUUCAACCAGUGCCUGCAAUCAGAAAGAACUUGGAAUCGAUCCAGAAAGAAACUUUUCCAGCGUUGUAGUUGGCAACACAUCUACCUCUCCUACUCCGGCCUCAGCAGGUCUUGAUAGGACUGCAUCUCAACCUAUUUCCCAGGCUAAAGAUUCUGAAGUUGGAAGCUCAAUGCCUCAACAACGAGUAUUAUUUCAAGUCCAAACUCCACCUAACGAUGUUAGGAACAGUGAUUCAAACCCAGGCUUCAUGUUCCCUCCUUUCAUCUCCAAGCAACAGUCAGUUCCAUCACAACAACUGCCAAGUCCAUGUUCAGCAAGUCACCAGGAACCCCACCUUACAACUUUGCAAAAGCAGGACCACAAACAGGAGGAUUGGAGGCACGUGUCUUCUGCGACCGAUCAAAGCGGAAGCAGCAGCUUCUGCAAUGGUGCUGUGAAUCAUUUCAACAGCAGCAUGUACAGCAGCAUGGGCUAUGGAAGCACUUCCGGGAGCAUGAGCAAUGCUGAUCAAGUUGGGAUGGUGAACGGAGGAGCAGCAGCGGAUAGCCAAAAUGUAGAAGGGCUUUUCACCCACAUCCCAAACUCCCAUCAUCGGUCGAUGCUGAGGGAAGCCGCCCUUAACAAAUUCCGAUUGAAGCGCAAAGAAAGAUGCUUUGAGAAGAAGGUCCGGUAUGAGAGCAGGAAAAAGCUGGCCGAGCAGCGUCCUAGAGUGAAAGGGCAGUUUGUUCGUCAGGCGCCAGUUGAGGCUGCGCCAUUGGAACCCGAGUGAGGACUGUGUCCAGAUAAUUGGCUUGCCUGCUAGUCUGCUACUAACUGACGUGAGCGAUUCUCAGUAAUGAUAGAGAGCCUUACUCUGCCGUGUGCUUUAUAUUCAUACGCCGUAGCUUCUCAUUGCAUCUAACAGCUUAGCUUAGCUUAGAUAAAUUAUAUAUAUAUAUAUAUAUAUGUACACAAAUUUCAUUUGUUAAUCUUUUUGGAAGUGAUCAUCAAUCUGAUCGUAGAUGCUGACUCUUUGAUAUGAUUAGUGGUAGGAUCCUUGUGAUGCUCUUUGAGAGAUAGAUAUAGAGGAUCGAGCGGUGAUAUGAUCGGAGUUUUGUAUCAAAAUGUAGACCGAAAAGUUUUUUCAUAAAUGAAAAAUUUUCUCCUAUAUUACCGUGUUAUAAUUUUACUAAUCAAAUUUCAUAAUUAACCUGUCCUCUCUAAAAUCAUCAUCUCAAUCAUCAUCUUUAUUUGCAAAUUUCAAGUCUUACAUUACCAUCGUCUGAUCAUAUAUGUUUGUUAUUCUCGUAGUUUCUUGUCAAGACAUUUAUAAAAGAAUGAAACGAAAUGUUAGGU